AGACAGAGACAGACGCUCUAGCGCCAGAGACCAGGACAGAGAGAGAGACGGGGGCAGAUCUGAGAGAAACAGAGAGAGAGACAGGCACUCUAGGUCCAGAGAGCUUGAUAGAUAUAGAUGGUGGGAGACAGAAAGGAAAAUACGCUCUAGUACUAGAGACGGGGACAGAGAGUGGGACAGGAGCAGAUCUGAGAGAGACAGAGACAGACUAUCUAGUACCAGAGGCGGAUCAGAGAAAGAUGGUGAUGGAGACAGAUCUGAGAGAGACAAGGACAGAGAGAGAUGGUGGGAGCGAGACAAAGACUGGGAUGGGGACAAGGAAAGCUUCCUGGGGCUUUACCCAUACUCCAACGAUCCUACACACCCUCAUGCAUCUUUGAUGGCAACCGACUCAGUGCAGUACAUGGCAUACCACGGCAGCCGCUACGGCAGCACCUUCCCUCCAGGGUGUGGCUUUCCCCCUGGUACCAUGUUCCCUGGUACCGUGCCCCCUGGUACAGUGCCCCCAUGCCCCCUGGUACAGUGCCCCCCCUAUCCACUGUACCCUAACUGCCCACCUUAUUGCUAUAAUGGCACUUCAGAAACGUUUUUCCAGCCAUACACACAGGCCACUGGAAACCCCCAGUUCACAAACAUGGAUGUACAAGUGCAGGACCCAGACGCAUCCCUGAGCAUCCCUGAACAGGACAUAGAAACUGUGUGGCCCAGACUUGUCCAUCCCAGAAUGAACCAAGACUCAAACACUGCUAGACUAAACCGGUUGAGUAUAAAAAUGCAACUAAAGAGGCAACGCUAUAGGAUUAAUUUGAUCAAUCGCAAAAAUAUACAGGAAUUGAGACAGCUUAAAGAAACUCCUCUGGUGGCUGCCAAGGUGCCCCCCUCUGAGCCAGGUACAAAGAAAGUGCCAGAAAUAGAUGCGGUCCCUCCUGUGGCUACAAAGUAUUCUGGGGCACCCUAUAGAACAGGAUUCCCAAAUAGAAAAUGGAGAAAAGGGAAAAUAUUGGAAGAAAAAGAAAGUAUAUUCAACCAAGGUUUAUCCAUGAGAAACAGAGCCUAUAUGACAAGGUGGAAACUGCGUUUUGCGGAAGCGGUUGCAAAAGGCUUUGAGGUCCCCUCUGAACCAGAGCCCAAGACGGAGCCAGAAGCGGAGGACAAAUCAUUGACAGAAUGGCAGAGACUGUUUGCAGACUCUGUGGAGAAUGUGGCCGCAACGGACCUAUUUGCCCUCUCUGAACCAGAGGCUGAGAAAAAGCCUGACUGGGAGACCGAGCAGAAAAGGACAGACGAAGAGAUGAAGGCCAAAUUAAAGAAAAAGCUUGGCGAGUUCAACCUGAAGAUGAAGCAGAAAUCAACGCAUUUAAAAGAAGCCCCAACAGAAGCCCCAACAUAACCUGAAAGGGCGGCUGUUGUAGUGCGUCAUGAGCUCACCUCCCCUUCGAACCUGCUGCUGACCCAUCCAGACCCUGUGGACAUCCGUUGGCUAACAUUCUCUUUAUCUAAUAUACACUCACUGGCCAGUUUAUUAGGUACAUACCGGGUCGGAUCCUCCUUUUCCUCCAGAACAGCCUGAAUUGUUUGGGGCAUUCUACACGUUGUCUGAAACGUUCCACAGGGAUGCUGGUUCACGCUGACGUGAUGGCAUCACGCAGUUGCUGCAGAUUGGACGGCAGUACAUUCAUGCAGCGAACAGCCCGUUCCAUCUCAUCCCAAAGAGGCUGUACUGGGUUGAGGUCUGAGGACUGCGCAGGCCACUCAAAUAAACUGAACUUGCUGUCAUGCUCCAGGCAAUGUUUUUCCACUCCUCGAUUGUCCAGUGCUGAUGAUCACAUGCCCACUGGAGCUGCUGCUUCUUGUUUUUAGCUGGUAAGAGUGGAACCCGGUGUGGUCGUCUGCUGCAAUAGCCCAUCCGUGACAAGGAUCGACAAGUUGUGCGUUCUGAGAUGCUGUUCGGCACACCGCUGCUGUACUGCGCCACUAUUUGUCUGUUUGUGGCCCGCCUGUUAGCUUGCACGAUUCUUGCCGCUCUCUUUUGACCUCUCAUCAACGAGUUGUUUUCGCCAACAGGACUGCCGCAGAAUGGAUGUUUCUUUGUUUGUCGCACCAUUCUCUGUAAACUCUAGACACUGUUGUGCCUGAAAAGCCCAGGAAGGUGGCCGUUUCUGAUACAGGAGUGUCUGGCACCGACGAUCAUAACAUGCUUAAAGUCGCUUAGGUCAGUUGUUUUGUCCACUAACGUUCAAUGGAACAGUAACUGAAUGCCUCAAUCCCUGUCUCCCUGCUUUAUAUAGCAAGUCACAGCCACGUGACUCACUGUCUGUAAGAGCGGUCCAUUUUCGUAAAUGGAGUGGUGUACCAAAUAAACUGGCUGAUGAGUGAGUUGUUUUUGGGAGUGUCUGUACUUUACUUUAUUUUUUUUAUUUUUGACAACUUUUACUUUUAC